CUUUACAAUAAGCUUUGCAACAGAAGCAGAUUAAUUGUAAUGGCUUCUCCGGUUUCCAUGACCUCCUUCAAAAUCAUCUUUUACAUUUUUUUGGUUAUGAUUUCCAUAUCUUUCCCUUUGAAGAAAUGUGAUGCUGCUUCCGAAGAGAGUCUAACGCAACACACCACCAGCUUCCAUUCCGUUCCAGUCCGCCAACUUUCGCCUUCCUUAAACUGCAAAUCAACCACUUCAGCAGGUCCAACCGGAAAGUCAACCCUGAAAAUAGUGAACAGAAACGGCGCCUGCUACAGAGGAGAAUCAAGCAAACUGACACUUUCGCAAAUUCUCAGUCACGACAAAUCUCGGGUAGCUUCAAUCCAAUCCCGCCUGCAGGCUUCUUCAACUUCAAACACAAACGGACUAAUCCUUGAAGACCGUCAAAUAAGUCUCCCGAAUAAGCCCGGAAAUGAUCUCGGAACUGGGAACUACGUCGUCACCGUCGGUCUCGGAACCCCGAAGAAGGACUACACUCUCAUUUUGGACACCGGAAGCGACCUAACCUGGACACAGUGCCAACCAUGUAAGAAAUUUUGUUACCCUCAAAACGAUCCUAUCUUCAAUCCCUUCCAAUCCUCCACUUAUUACAACAUCUCUUGUUCUUCACCGCAAUGUUAUUUGCUCCGACACGCAACCGGCCACGCCGCCAGUUGCUCCGGUACGACUUGUGUCUACGAUAUUCAAUACGGUGACGAGUCGUUCUCUGCUGGGUUUUUAGCUAAAGAGACGGUGACUUUAGGUACCGAUGUUUUACCCGGUUUCCUCUUCGGAUGUGCCCAGAACAACCAAGGAUUAUACGGAAAUACUGACGGGUUGUUAGGACUUGGCCGGAGCCAGAUUUCGAUUGUGUCCCAAACUGCUAAAAAUUACGGCCGAGUAUUUUCCUAUUGCCUUCCCACAUGGUCAGGAUCGAAUGGAUAUUUAAGUUUCGGGAAAACAGGAUACUCUGUGAAGACUGUUAAAUUCACCCCGUUCUCAAUCUUUAAACCAAGCGAGAACUUUUAUUCCGUUGACCUGGUCGGCAUCAGCGUCGGAGGGAAACGAUUACCCGUUCUCCCAACGGUUUUCCUGACUGCCGGAACCAUAAUUGACUCCGGCACCGUGGUGACGCGUUUACCUCAGGCGGCAUACUCUGUUUUCCGGGACACUUUUAAGCAACAGAUGAAGGGCUAUAAAUUGGCACCUGCCCUUUCACUGCUGGAUACUUGCUACGAUUUCAGCGGCGUAGAUUCUGUAAAUGUACCCAAAAUCAGCUUCAUUUUCAGGGGAAAUGUAACUGUGGAUUUGGGUGCUAAUGGUAUACUUGUCCCCGUCAGUGAAACGCAGACCUGCUUGGCAUUUGCUGAAAAUAAUGGCCCUGCUGACCUCGCAAUUUUCGGGAAUAUUCAGCAACAAACUCUGCAAGUAGUUUUUGAUGAUGCUGGAAGAAGGCUAGGAUUUGGGCCUGGUGGAUGCUCAUAAAUGAUGAAUUGAUACUUACAGAAAUGGUGAACUUUGUAGAUUUAUUUUGUUUUUUGCAUAUGAUCAAACAGGAAUUGU